AUGAUAUUUGACCCAGAAAUCUUUUUCAAUGUCCUACUGCCACCAAUUAUAUUUCAUGCAGGAUAUAGCCUGAAGAAGAGACACUUUUUUCAAAACUUAGGAUCUAUUUUAACAUACGCUUUCCUGGGAACUGCCAUCUCCUGUAUUGUCAUAGGGUUAAUUAUGUAUGGUUUUGUGAAAGCUAUGGUAUAUGCUGACCAAUUGAACAAUGGAGACUUCCAUUUCACUGACUGCUUGUUUUUUGGUUCACUGAUGUCCGCAACAGACCCAGUGACAGUGCUGGCCAUCUUCCAUGAGCUGCAUGUGGACCCUGACCUGUACACACUCUUGUUUGGGGAGAGUGUGUUGAAUGAUGCAGUGGCCAUAGUGCUAACAUAUUCUAUAUCCAUUUACAGUCCCAAGGAGAAUCCAAAUGUAUUUGAUGCUGUGACAUUCUUCCAGUCCGUGGGGGAUUUCCUGGGGAUCUUUGCGGGUUCCUUUGCAAUGGGAUCUGCAUAUGCUGUUGUUACUGCACUGUUGACCAAAUUUACCAAACUGCAUGAGUUCCCUCUGCUGGAGACGGGCCUGCUCUUCCUCCUGUCUUGGAGCGCCUUCCUGUCUGCGGAGGCAGCAGGCCUCAGAGGAAUAGUUGCUCUUCUCUUCUGUGGAGUCACACAGGCACAUUAUACCUACAAUAAUCUGUCACUGGAUUCCAAAAUGAGGACUAAACAGUUGUUUGAAUUUAUGAACUUCUUGGCUGAGAAUGUCAUCUUCUGCUACAUGGAUCUGGCAUUGUUCACAUACCAGAAUCAUAUCUUUAAUGCCCUUUUUAUACUUGGAACCUUUCUAGCAAUUCUUGUUGCCAGAGCCUGCAACAUAUAUCCCCUCUCCUUCUUCCUGAACCUGGGUCGGAAGCAGAAGGUCCCCUGGAACUUCCAGCAUAUGAUGAUGUUUUCAGGUCUGCGAGGAGCCAUAGCAUUUGCCUUAGCUAUUCGGGACACAGGAUCUCAGCCCAAACAAAUGAUGUUCACCACCACACUGCUGCUUGUGUUCUUCACAGUCUGGGUGUUUGGAGGAGGAACGACCCCCAUGCUGACUUGGCUUCAGAUCAGAGUUGGUGUGGACCUGGAUGAAGAUCUGAAGGAGGAGCCUUCCUCACAACAGGAAGCAAGUAACUUGGAUAAAAGCACAACAAAAGCAGAGAGUGUUGGGCUCUUCCAAAUGUGGUAUGGCUUUGACCACAAGUAUCCUUUGACAAAGAUGACCCAGGACUGCUGCCCGUAG